AACAUAAAAUCAUAAUUUACUGUAUGUUUUUAAUUUAGAAAUGCAUUCGAAUCCCAAGUGUAAUUUAUACAAUUUUUGACAAUUUAUUUGUCUGAUAAUGCAGUUUAAUAAUUUGUACAGAUGGUGACUAAAUAAAUUUUAAAAGUGAGACGUCCUGUUCGGAGUCGUUUAUAUUUUAUCAACCAAAUUAUUUAAAUAAUAACCUAGUCAUUAUAAUUAUGGUCUCGUUACUAAAAUUAAUUUUUUUUACAUUUUUUUGUGCAUUUGUUGCUAAUACAGCAGCGUCACGUGUCAUUGAACUGAGUGAUAGAUUUUUAGAUAUUUAUAAGGAUGGACAUUGGCUAGUUAUGAUGUAUGCGCCUUGGUGUGCUCAUUGCAAAAGACUGGAUCCUGUUUGGGCACAUGUGGCUCAACAUCUUUAUGCAACUUCUAUAAAAGUUGGCCGAGUUGACUGUACAAGAUUUACGAACGUGGCUCAAAAUUUCAAAAUACGGGGAUUUCCUACUAUUUUAUUUUUAAAAGGUGAUCAACAUUUUACUUAUAACGGUGAUAGAACGAAAGAAGAAAUAGUCAAAUUUGCAUUAAGAUUAAGUGGUCCACCUGUUCAAGAAAUAACAAAACGUCAAAGUUUUGAUACUAUUAAAAAUCAGCAUGAUUUAUACUUUUUGUAUGUCGGAGAAAAAUUUGGACCACUAUGGAAUUUAUAUCAUAAAACAGCUGAUGCAUUUCAACCAUAUGCAUUUUUUUAUGAAUCUCAUCCAGUUGUUGUUGGUAAACAUGCACCAGUAGAAAAUACACCAGUUAUUUUUGUUUAUAAAGAAAAUUCUCAUUACAACUUUACGGCUCAUAAUGAAAGUGAAAUUGAAGCAUUAAAUGAGACAUUAUAUUAUUGGGUGAAUGCUGAACGUUUUCCAACAUUUCCAAAAGUAACACGUGGUAAUCUUCAUCAGUUAUUUAAAACUAAUAAAAAUCUCGUACUGGCUGUAGUGGAAGAGAAUGCUGUUGAAGAUGUUUCACCAGACAUGUUGGAGUUUAGAGACAUGGUGGAAUCGGUAAUUAAAAAAAAACGUGAAAAAUAUCAUGAUCACUUCCAAUUUGGGUGGGUAGCAAACAAUGAACUGAUAAACAGUAUUGCUAUGACAGAAAUGCCUUCCCCAAGCUUAAUAGUAAUUAAUACAAGAACGAAUCAUCAUCAUAUACCUGACGAUGAGCCAGGAGAAUUAACACCUCAAGCUAUUGAAAUGUUUUUGGAGCAUAUUCGCAAUGACAGUGCACCAAGAUACGGAGGAAAUAGUAUUCUAGUACAAAUAUAUCGAUCAUGGUAUGAAACAAAGUCGACAUUAAUGUCCAUGUGGAAGGGCAAUCCCAUAUUGACGAUGGUGGUAUUCGGACUUCCAGCAUUAUUUUUUUCGUUAAUUAUUUAUGGAAUUUGUUGCCCAGAUAUUUUAGACGCUGGAGAUGAUGAAGAAGAAGAAGAGGACGAAGAAGAUAGCAAGAGUCAUAUGAAAAAAGAUUAAGGAUAAUUAGAGUUAAUUCAAAAGCUAUUAUUUUAAUGCCAUGUACAUUAAUGACAAAUUAAUAUGAAUUUGUCUUGUAUAGAAUUUAAAAUAAUAUUAUAAUUUAAAAUUACCGAUAGAUGCGGCAUUAGUCUCGUGUUUGUUAAUAAUUGUGGCAUUUGAUUGAGAGUGAUGCAUCUUUGGUAUGGAAUUUUGACAGGACAAUACAUACGAUACUAUAACAUUAAUAUUAAAUAUAUUAAUAUAACGUCAUUAUUAAUGACGUUUAUAUUAAUAAAUGAGCCAUAUUAAUAGUAACAAAUAAAUGUUCAUUAUUUGUGUGAGUGAAAUUCUGAAGAAGUAUUAUUUAUUAUUGUAAAAAAAGGCUUAUUUUGUCAUGUCAUAUAUAUAUAAAUAUAAUAAAAAAAUGAUUUAUUUAAUG